AAAAGCACCACCGACCGGCACUGUAUGAUAUGCUCGUAGCCGGCUUUCACAUUUUGCAGACAGACGCCGGUUAUCGAAGCACGCACUAACGCAGCACUACACCUAAGAUCGUCGUUAUUUUUCGUCGUCGUUUGUUUUACCUUCAAGUGGAGUUCCUCUUCUCAGCGGACAUUAUAUAUCAACCUACUGUUUGGUAAAUCAAUUCUGGUUCGUUAAUUUUAAACUGCACAGGGCGUUUUGCGUUAUUGACUGGAAGAAAAUGGAAAACCGGGCGAGGAGAAUGUUCGUUCUGCUGACGAUUGUAUAUGCUUUUGCGUUGCACUCCACUUUGGCAGACGACACGAAAGCCACUACUACCAGCCCCCCUGUAACCGCCAGCCCAUCUGGAUCCUCUGCACCCACUGACUCGACAUCAUCGGCCCAGAAGGAACACAACGUCAAUACCGAACCGCAAGUUUCGGCGACGACGACGACGACGUCGAUAAAUAAUAAUUCUUUGACAAAAUUCAUAAACAUUGAAGUAUACUAUGAAGCGUUAUGCAAUGAUAGCGUUAACUUUGUCUCAGAUAAGUUACUACCUGUGUAUAAUAAACUAAACAAGUUUAUUAACGUGACAUUUAUUCCUUUUGCUCAAGGAAAUAUCACUGUUAAUCCUGACAAAACUGUUAAAUCUCUCAUUUGUAAACGUGAACAUGAGUGUGAAGCUGAUAAAGUACAUGCUUGUGCUAUUAAUAAAAUCAAAGACAACGAAAAGCUAGUCAAAUUUGUAAAUUGUUCUUUAACCGAAGGAUUUGUCAGUUCAAAUAAAAUUGUACCAAUCGAAACGUGUGGCAAAAAUAAUAGCCUUGAUGAAAGCAUCAUUACUGAAAUCAAAAACUGCUCCAAUAGCUUAGACGCAUGGGUCCAAUGGUUCCAAAAUUAUAGCACAUUGUCUUCUAAUGCUCAUGUGACAACUGUACCUAAAAUUUUAAUCAAUCAGAAGGAAAUUAAUGAUGAUAUCUUAACAUCAAAUAAUUUUAUGAAAGCCGUUUGUGAACUAUUGAAAGGUAAAGAUUUACCAGACGAUUGCAAGACUUUAGUCAGUGGAUCAGAUAAACUUGUUGUUGGAAUAUUACCAAUAAUAAUUGGCGCUUUUUAUAUCAUAAAAAUGAUCUAAGUCUUAAUGUGUAAGGAUUAAAAUAUUUUAAGUUUAUAUUUUUAAAUAAUUAUUCAUCUUAUAAUCUAUUAGUUCUAUAAGUAUCUUUUUUUAUUACUUAUUAUUACUCAUUUAUUAUACAUAGUUUUGCCACGCCCUUAUAUAUUUGUAAUUAAGAAUGUUAGUGUAUAUCCAUUUGUCUUUUAGACUUACAUAGUAGUACAUAGCAGAAAUAUUAGAAACACAUUAUGAUUUUU